CAGCUCCGGAGGCACCCCUCCGCGCUGGGCCGUGCCGUCGGGCUUUGGCCUCCUGACCCAGACAGCGCGGGGCGUGAGGGAGCUCGCGGUAGAGCCCGGGUCGCCGCCCCCAGCCUCGGCCGCCCGCCAAGAGUUCGAGGCCUCCUGAUCCGGAUAUGAUGAAAAGGCGCAACAGAGGGAGAAGUGUUUCAGGAGUGUAGGAGUGGCGGAGGGGGCAAGAGAGGCAGAGGGAGCAAGUCCCCCUUGGAGGAGAACCGGCCGGACUGAGCUGGCUGGAAAGAGGGGGCGGAGAGCGCGCAGUCGGAGGAGCGGCCGCUGCCGCAGUUGCCGCCACUGCGGUGUCUGGCUGAGCCCGAGGGAGGCGGGAGGGACGCACAGGGGCGGCCGCCACCGUCAGGCCACCGGGGCGCGAUGCGACUGCUGCCGGGGCCUCGCUAACUUUCCGGGGCGGAAGAGGAGGAGGAAGGGGCUUUGAGCGAGUCGGGGGGGAUGCCGAGCAGUCAGUUCCCUGCACCCAACACCUAACAGCCGUUCCUGCGUCCGCCCCGCAGGGCGGCGAGCUAGGCGGCAGCGCGGUGGAACGGCCCAUGUCCGGCGCCGGCGAAGCCCUGGCUCCCGGGCCCGCGGGGCCGCAGCGCGCGGCCGAGGCGGGCGGCGGCCGGCUGGGCACCCCGGUCCAGGAAAAAUGUGAUAAAGAAAAUACUGAAAGAGAUAUAACUCAAGCUACCAAUAGCUGCCUCACACAUGGAGAGAUGCAAGACCAGUCCAUCUGGGGAAAUUGUUCAGAUGAUGAACUCAUCAGAACCCAACCUCAGCGCUUGCCUCAGCUUCAAACUUCAGCACAGGAACUGGGUGAGGAGGAAAUAGGCAAGAUAAAGAAUAGCCAUACGAGUCUGAGCAAUGGAAAUGGAAUUCACCACGGGGCCAAACAUGGAUCUGCAGAGAAUCGAAGACUUUCAGCGCCUGUUUCUCAAAAAAUGCAUAGAAAAAUUCAGUCCAGCUUGUCUGUAAACAGCGAUAUCAGUAAGAAGAGUAAAGUAAAUGCUGUCUUUUCCCAAAAGACAGGCUCUUCACCUGAAGAUUGCUGCGUCCACUGUAUCCUGGCCUGCUUGUUCUGUGAAUUCCUGACCCUCUGCAAUAUUGUCCUAGGACAAGCUUCGUGUGGCAUCUGCACCUCAGAAGCCUGCUGCUGUUGCUGUGGAGAUGAAAUGGGGGAUGACUGUAACUGCCCUUGUGACAUGGAUUGUGGCAUCAUGGAUGCCUGUUGUGAAUCAUCAGACUGUUUGGAAAUCUGUAUGGAAUGCUGUGGAAUUUGUUUUCCUUCAUAAAUAUUUAUCUUCUGUUUGUGUUAAAACUGGAGAGUGUUUAAAAAUUUUUCUGUUAAGGGGGAAGAAAAGCACAUGGUAAGAGUCUCAUGAAGCAACCUAGUAUUUGCACUGUUAACUCAUUAUUUUUAAGUAAUCUCUGAAAGCCUUUUUUUCUCUAACCAAGUCUACAUGGUUUAAUAUGUGAAUUUUAACUACUUUUAAACUUCUUAAAAGGUUACAAUGACUGAGGGACAUUUUGUCCAAAAAAAAAAAAAAAUUCUAAAUGUCUCCUCCUUUUUAUAUGUAUUUCUAUUUCUUUUAACCCUUCUCAAGAGCCUCUUGCUCCAAAUAUAUUAUUUCUCAGUGAGUAUUUAAACCAGACAAUUUAUUUUUGGUGUUUAUCUAUUAAUGGUUCAAAGUAAGAAUUCUUUACUUUAAAGUAGACUUUGGGAAACAAACUCACUCAAUAGUUGGGCACCCAGUGUUGGUCUCCAUGCUCUGUUCUCCACCUGUUCAAGAGAGAGAAACUCAAAAGGCUAUAGGAAUACACAGAAAAGAAUAGCUAAUGUCUGCUGGCAUAUUCAGAAGGCUUCAAGGAAAAUGUAAUAUUUGAGGAGUUCUCUUGGGAUGAGUGAUUCAUUGCUGCUUAAUGAAUUAGAUUUAGGACCAAGUUUUAGGUGGACAGCCUGAACUGUGUGUGUGCCCUUAAGCAAUUAAAAGAAAAAUGCCUUAAGUAUGUAUUUUCUUUAGUUGCAGGAAUACAGCUUUUUUAAAAAAACUAU